AUGAAAAUUGCCCUCUUCGGAAUUGCGACAGCAAAUCAUGUGUUGAAUUCAAGCCAAAUUUCGAGAAAACUCCUCGGCUCCUGGAGCGAAUUUCUUUUUCAAAACGUUGCAAAUGUUCGACAAAAACGCGAGGGAGACGAAUCAAGCCGUGGAUUUCGAGAGCUAGCGGGUAUGAUGCUUUUUCUUCAGGGAGCGGCAUCGAAUGAUGAAGAAGGGCUUCAAGAGCUAGAGGAUUUGUAUACGAAUUAUGGAUGCUAUUGCUGGAUAAACGGGCCAGAUGAGGGUGUUAUUGGGGGUGGAAAGCCAAAAGACAUGGUCGAUCAUCACUGCAAGGAGCUCUACCGAUGCUACAAAUGCGUCCUCAACGACUACGAAGCCAACUACACAGAUGUGCACUACAAUGUCGAGCUCAACGAGGAAGACGGAAUCCGCUCACUAGAUUGCAAAGUCAACUCGAAACAAGAUGCAGAAAACCUGUGCGAAUGUGACAAAAGAUUCGCGAUGAAUAUUGCCAGAGCAAAACAGGAUUGCUUGAAUGCCAAGCCGGAAAGUCAUCUGUUCGGGGACCACUGUAUGGAUCCUACUUUUCGAACAGUCUCUGGUGGCGGCGAAUUCGAGCCGAAUUUGCAGUGCGAUAAACAGUUUCAUGGACAUGAGAAAGAUCAUUGCUGCGGUAUCUACCCAAAUCGGUACCCUUACGACAUCAAUUUCAACGAGUGCUGCCGAUCCCAGGUCAUGACUGAUUCUCUCACUCAAGUCGAGUUAUUUACAGUCGUUCCCGUCGGCAUGUGCGAGCCUCGUGGAGGAGAAACUGUCAUUUCCGAGAAAGGAAAUCCUCACAAUUAUCUUUCUGUCUGA